AUGGUCUCUAGCCUGCUUCCAAACCCGCCCUCGGCUGAGUGCUGGGCAGCACUUCUACAUGAUCCUAUGACGCUUGAUAUGGACGCAGUCCUGUCAGACUUUGUUCGGUCCACGGGGGCAGAACCUGGUCUGGCCAGAGACCUGCUAGAAGGCAAAAACUGGGACCUGACAGCUGCUCUAAGCGACUAUGAGCAACUCCGACAGGUGCACACAGCCAACCUGCCACAUGUGUUCAACGAAGGGAGGUGCGCCAAGCAGCCUGAGCGAGAAUUGCCCCAGCCUGGGCACAAGGUGGAGCGGCCCUGCCUGCAGAGGCAGGACGAAAUUGCCCAAGAGAAACGCCUUUCCCGGGGAAUUUCCCAUGCCAGCUCAGCCAUCGUCUCCCUAGCCCGAUCCCACGUGGCAAAUGAAUGCAACAAUGAGCAGUUCCCACUGGAGAUGCCCAUCUAUACAUUCCAGCUGCCGGACCUGAGCGUGUACAGUGAGGACUUCAGGAGCUUCAUUGAACGGGACUUGAUCGAGCAGGCCACCAUGGUAGCUCUGGAGCAGGCAGUAUGGGAUGGCUGCAGACAGGGUGUAUUAUCUGCUCUCUACUCUCUUCCUAAUGAUUGCAAGCUUAGACUUCCACUGUGCCCUCUGAAGAAACUGGACGCUUUGCCAGCUCUCCUGACAGCCAAAGCGGAGGCCAUCUGGGCUGGG